AUGGCAUUUUUUACAGAACUUGAGGGCGUAAAAGAUCGAAUGCUGGAUCAGCUAUCGGGCGGUGAAUUGCAACGCUUUGCAAUAGCGAUGUGUGUUGUGCAGCGUGCUGAUGUGUACAUUUUUGAUGAACCUUCCAGCUAUUUAGAUGUCAAGCAACGGCUGAAAGCUGCAAAAAUCAUUCGAGAUUUAGUAACUCCUCAAAACUAUGUGAUUGUGGUGGAACACGAUUUGGCUGUGUUGGACUAUUUGUCUGACUUUGUAUGUUGCCUUUACGGGAUUCCUGGUGUAUACGGGGUUGUGACUAUGCCGUCAGGAGUGCGAGAGGGUAUCAACAUAUUCCUGGAUGGUUAUAUCCCUACGGAAAAUAUGCGGUUCAGGGAAACUGAACUGUCGUUUAAAGUCACCGAUCAAGCGGAAAAGGAAGUUGUAAAGCGGACAGCGCGUUACACGUAUCCGUCGUUUACCAAGCGAAUAGGGAAUUUUGAAUUGAAAGUUGAAGGCGGCGAAUUUACGGAUUCUGAAAUUAUUGUAAUGCUCGGAGAAAAUGGCACUGGCAAGACGACAAUGAUCAGGCAAGCUGUUACUUUUGAAUAA